AUGUUUUAUUCACAAGUGGUUUUAACAAAAAAAGGUCCACUUGCUAAGGUUUGGAUUGCAGCUCAUUGGGAAGGUAAAUUAACUAAACAACAAAUUCUUGCUAUUGAUUUAAAGGAAGCUGUUAAUGCAGUUGCUAAUCCAGAAAUUCCAAUAGCAUUAAGAAUUAGUGGACAUCUAUUGUUAGGUAUUUGCCGUAUUUAUUCAAGAAAAGUAAAGUAUUUACUUCAAGACUGUAACGAUGCAUUAGUAAAAAUUAAAUUAUCAUUCAGACCAGGUGCUGUUGAUGCAGAAAAAGCUGUUGCACCACAUGGAGCAAUUACUAUCCCAACAAGACAAAGAGAUUUUUCUGAAGAUAGUAGUAUUAAUGAAGGAAUAAAUUUUGCUAACUUAGCAUUAGAUCUUCAAUUAGAUGAACAAUUAAAUGCUGAUGACUUAAGAGAUUUAACUGGGAACUUUACAGCAAAUGCUCAAGAUAUUACUCUUCAACAAGAUAUCGGUAAUUUAGUUACUAUGGGAUCAAUGGAUGAAAUUCCAUUAAAUACAUUAGAUGAAUUAUUAAAUGACCCUGCUGUGUUAAGAGCUCCAGAAUCUAUUCAACCAUCUGAAUUAAUUCAACCUAUUGACAAAUCUUUGAUUGAUACUACUAUGGCAGGACUUAUUUCUGCUGUAUCAAAUGAAGAACCAUCUCAUGAAAUAAGUGAGAAAGGAGUUUCUUUAAUGGAAGAAACAGAAGCACCAUUACCAAUGGUUAAUGAAGAUGUACCAGAAAUACCAGCUGAAAUACCACAAGAAAAUGAGGUAUUAAUUGAAGAUAAUGGAGAAGAAAAAGCAAAAGAAGAUGAAGGCAAAGAAAAAAAGAAAAAGACAAGAAAAGAAAAAAAAAUCAUUUAUGAUAAAGCAACAUUAAUUAGUGUUAAGAGAUAUGAAAAAACAAAAAAAGAUUGUGAUAAAAUUAUUAGAGAAUUUGAUUUAGCACCUGGAAGUUUAAAUGAAUUGAGAGAAGAAGGAAGACGACUUCGAGGAAGAUGGGAAGUUACAAAUGAAAGAAUUAAGAAUUAUAUCAAAAUGAUUAAUAAAGAUGAAGUUCAAGAAAAAGAUAUUGUGAAAGAAGUUGAUGUUGCAAGUCAAAAAGAAGAAGCUCAAAAACAUUUAGAGGAAGUACAAGAACAUAUUUCAACAUUAAAACCAUUAAAACAUAAAGAUGGUAUGUCUGAUGAAGUAAGUUCUGAAGAAAAAAGAAGGGUUAGUGAUAUUAUUCCUGAUGAAAAUCUUCCUAUUCAAGAUGAUAUUCCAACGUUAAACUUUGAAAAUAACGAAGGAUAUAAUGAAGAUGUAGCUAUUCCUGAAGAGCCAUUUAAACAAAAAAUUGUUACUGAUAGUUGGACAUCAAGAUCAGCUAAAAUUCAUAAUUUCUUGAAAAGAUCAAUGGGAGAAAGAACUGAAAUGUCAUAUAAAGCAUUUGUUCAAGGAAAGAAAAGAAAACCUGUUGUUGGGUGUUUCUUUGAAUUAUUGGUUUUAAAGACACAGGGAGUGAUUGAUUUGCAACAACAAGAAGCUUAUGACGAUAUUAUUAUUAAACAAACAGAUACUUUUAUGGCAGAUGUUGAAACUCAAGUAUAA